CCCUAUUCAUUAACUGCAGCCGAGCCUGGCGCCUCUCAGAACCCCCUCCUCUGCGGACCAACAGAAACGCUUUAUCAUGAAAGCGAUUUAAUUAGCUACAUUUUAUUAUUUGUUAUCAGUGUAAGCAUCAGUACUGGAAUGCGAAAUGUAAAUCAGACCCGAGUCUCUUCUCGUGCACAAUAACCAUUAUCGAGUCUUUAGGUCAAGAGCAUCCAGUCAUGUAUCUUGUGCAUCAGCUGCUGCAGAUCUCUGUGCUGCUGGAUGCGACGUUGUGGCUGGCGGUUUCUGCCAGCCCUACCGAUGAUAAUGUACUGCGGGCCGGCCAUGGAGAACACGGAGAGCCGGGGCACGAAGAACCCCAUAAAGAUUCUUACAGCACAUUCGCCUCCGAGUUCCUCGAAUCCAGAUACCUCUCAGACGAAGGUUACCCCUUCCCAACUGCACCCCCUGUAGACCCAUUUGCCCGCAUCAAAGUAAGCGACUGUGGAAUAAGCAAAGGAUGCAUCAGAUAUGGCAAACCAGGCUGUGACGCAGAGACCUGUGACUACUUCCUGAGUUUCAGGCGCAUUGGCACAGAUGUGGAAUUUGAGAUGAGUGCAGACACUGAUGGAUGGGUUGCUGUUGGUUUCUCCUCCGACAAAAAAAUGGGAGGUGAUGAUGUCAUGGGCUGUGUUCAUGAUGAUAAUGGACGUGUACGGAUCCAUCAUUUCUACAAUGUGGGCCAGUGGGCCAAAGAGAUCAAGCGCAACCCGGCGCGGGACGAGGAGGGCAUCUUUGAAAACAACCGCGUCAUGUGCCGCUUCAAACGGCCUCUUCAUGUGCCGCGGGAGGAGACGCUGGUAGACCUGCACCUGAGCUGGUACUAUCUGUUUGCUUGGGGACCUGCCAUACAAGGUUCCAUCACAAGGCAUGACAUUGACUCCCCACCGGUGUCAGAUCGCAUGAUUAGCAUCUAUAAAUAUGAGGACAUUUUCAUGCCUGCCACAGCCUAUCAGACAUUCUCUUCUCCCUUUUGCCUCCUCCUCAUCGUUGCUCUUACCUUCUAUCUACUGAUGGGCACACCAUAACCAGCAAAGCCAUGUCACUGGAGCCACUAUUAGCACGAUUGUGUGCCAACUUUACGGUAUUAGAAACAGGCAUCAAUAAAUUGCAAUUCUAUAAUAUCCUCAAUCUACGUACACUAAGAAGGUAUUUGGACUGCGAAUUAAUAAUCAGUUGUAUAAAAGGAAUGAUUCUCAUUGAGGAUAUAGACUCAACCAUACACUUAUUACAUAUUACAAUAUAUUUCAUUAUGAUAAGAGCAGAGUACCCCAAAUGAUAUGUUACGGUAGGUAUAGCCUACAGUAGUUGAAACAAUCUGAGCCAAAUUAAUAUUAAUAUUCAGUAUACUUAAAGUGCGGUCACAUGAGUUAAAUUUCAGCAAAAUCACUGUCAAACCAAGCAGCUUUCUAUUAGUCAAAGCUGUAGAUUCAUGAAAACUUGAACCCAUUGCAAAAUCUGUCUGAGGAAAUCUUUUGCCUUGUAAAAUUCUCAAACACAUGAAUUUCUAUAGAAAUUACUGGAUUUCACCCACAAAAAUUUGCUGAACAAUGGUAAAUGUGACUGCAUCUCUACAGUGGCAUAUAUUAUGUCCCACUAAAGAACUCUACGGGGAUCUGAAUGGCCUUGUUCUAUUGAAUGGAAUAUGUUUUACCAAAUCUCAGUAGAGGUGCUCUGUUGUUUGUAGUUGUCUGCUUUACAGUGUUUUCCAAUAUAUUACAGCUCUGAUUACCAUUUAUUAAUGCUGUGGACUUCAGAGUGAUGUAAAUGAAUGCCUGUGUGUGACUGACAACGCAAUUUACAGCAGUACAUAACAGGCCCCACAGCACAAACACACAUACAUAGUAUUCAUAAAACAUUACUGCCUUCCAGUUACCAAGCAUUGCCAGCUGAGUAUUUGAUGAUGCGUGCCAGCAAACUAGCCUCAUCUGAGCCAUUAAGAUCAGUGUCACCUGGAAUCAUCUGGUUUUCAUUCCAGUGAAAUUCUGGUAAUUAUUUGGCACUCUUUGAAAAUGUCAUGUUAUAACACUUGUAUAGCAGACUAAAGAGCAACAUGUAAAGAUGUUUAGAAAGGUAUUUAGUUUUAAAAAUGUUGUCAUAUUCACCAUAACAUAUAUGUGGAAAUGUACUUGGAGGAGUGAUGCAAUUCUUUUUUGAUGUGUGCAGGCCAGAGAUAAUCAUGUUAUGUAGCAUGAAUGUAGAUAUGUUUGUUAUAUUUUAAUAUACUUUUGAAAUUUUUACAUUGACAGUAUUAGAGAUUAUGCAAUAAUGAGCGUGCAUAGUGAAAGACUGAGCCAUUGAGAUUUUAAACGUGACAUUCAAGCUCCUACAUCGCUAACAACUUAGAUACAUGCUGACAAGUUUACUGUGAAUUCUCGCUGUAAUUGGGAAAAAAGAUGCCUGUUGGUCCUGAACACAACACAUAGCCUACUGCACUUUUUAAUAAAGCUAUAAAGCUGAAAAUGUG